AUGGAGGUCCACUCAUUCUUCCCUCGAUUCCCGGCAACUUCCACAGGAGCACAAGUUUCAUCGACCCUCUACACGUUACCGCCGCCGCCGCCGCCGCCACAACUCACUGCUGGCCUGCUACCGCGGAUAGUCUUCCCUCAGGUGUCGUCCGCCCAGCAGUCACCGGAAUCGCUAGCCAAGGCGUCUUCCACUAAGGGCAGCCCCGAGGGCCGACUACACCAAAGCGAGGAGACCCCCGUCGGCACUGCUGCUGCUGUUCCCGUCACCGCACCUCCAGGGAUCGUGCACAACACCUUGCGCAAGACCAAGUCCGACAUGAAGGUCAUUCACCGUUACCUCGUUCAGGUGAAAAAUGACACUCGCGAAAUCCACGAGAUUUCUCCACAGGACCUCUGUAGCUAUAUCCAGGACUUCAUCGUCACUGCCAAGAAGAAGGACGGACACGAGUACGAACCGGAGUCCCUGAAAGCAUUCGUCCAUUCACUUGAGCGACAUUUGAAGUAUCACAACUAUCCCCACUCCGUACUCAAGGAUCCAGAGUUUGCCCCGGCAAGGUUGGUCCUCAGCCAGAGAUUGAACGAGCUGAGAGCACUGAGUCAGGCUAAUGGGAGCUCGAAUGUGCAUAGAAACCAAACAGACGGAGGAAAGUGCGAUCCUGGUUUCAAUGAAUUGCAUGAUAGCAACAAGGUGGCCAACUUCAACUCUCUAUUGCAAACUGGGCUGCUGGGUCCAGCCAACCCCCAAGCGCUGCUGAAUAGUAUUUGGUUAAUCUUACGGACACAAUUCAACGUGGUGGGAACUCAGAAGCAUCGUACAUUAACGUGGGGCCAAUUCCAAUGUGUUACGAAUGUGAACUCCCAAGAUCUCCUUCGAUUUAUUUCGAGGUCGGGCCCACAAGAAGUUCGAUUUUGCCACGGCCACGGCGGACUGUUGGGCGUGCGAGUUUUCGAUGGUCAUGAAGGCAGCGGCAGCAACGGUAGUGUCAAACGCCAGAUACUUCCAUUCGACUGUGUCGAGAUAUUCAACUUCUACGCACGCCUUCGCCCUGCAGAGUGUCGAGGGCCAGAAGAACCGCUCUACCUCUGUCCUGACUCCACAUGGGAUCGCGGUGGACCCUGGUUUAAGCCAGCUGUUGCUGGAGCUCAGCUCCUCUCGAGGAUUCCGCGUCUUCUGGGCAUGAAACCGCCGCGCGACCCGCCACCUCCAUCAAUCUCUGAAACUUCGAUCAAUCCCCUCUUCCCUAACACCCACGUACCGUCUCUUUAUCAACUGCGAGAUAAUCUUCUCGCCACAAUGAAUUCCUUCAUCGCUGACAAAAUCGGAAGAACGGAGGCCUCAUCCACUAGGGAGCUGCCACCACCACCCCUACCUCCGUUUUUGAGUCCACAGAAUGCACUUGCGCCUGAAAAUUUGAGCGUCUUAGCAACCGGGAUUGUACAAUUUCCCCAGCCGUUGCUAGAGGGUGAAAAAGUUCAGGAGAGAGAUCGGGGGAUGAAACCAGCGCAAGGCUGGAACAGUCCCCUCGGCUCAUCAUUAGAUGGCUCCGUCGACGACGCUUCUGCCUCCUCUCCUAAGAGUCAGCCAGCGCCGUCCGUUUUCAACAAUUCCACGGCACCUCUUCCCGACUACAAGCCACCAAUGACCCCUUGA